UGGAGUUUUACGGAGACAAAGUGAUCUGCAAUAUUUCAAAACGAGAAUGUCGUUUGUACAGGGAUACAGCCAAAACAGCUCUUUUGAGAGCAUGCAUGGAAGGGACAAAUCAUUGAAAUUAACAAAAGAAGAUGCAUUGAAACGAAUGAAGCUAGAGAAACCCAAGAUUGAUGUCUACAAAAAGCUAUGUGAACGUGUGUUACUCGGAAGGAAACAAAGAAUAUAUAAUCAAAAGUACUACGAUUUAGUGACAGAUUUACUCGAAUGGAAUCAAGAGUUGUACACCGUCUGGAAUUAUAGAAAAGAGCUCAUCACAAACUUUGUAUUCAAGAGUAUUACAAAAGACAACGUUAAAGCACGACAUGACAUAUUAGUAAAGGAGUUGGAGUUUGUACUUAAAAAGUUGAAACAAUCGCCUAAGUCAUACUGGAUCUGGAAUCAUCGAGUUUGGUGUUUGAAACUUGAUAAACUAAGUAAUUGGCUUAUGGAGCUUCAAUUGAUUGAGACCUUUUUGAAAGUGGACUCAAGGAAUUACCACGCUUGGUCAUACAGAAGACUGAUUGCUGGAUUUAUGAAAAACGACCCCGAGUUUACCAAAUCGGACGAGCUGAUCGAUUUUGAUGAAUUCAAAUUUACGACAAAGAUGAUCAAUAAAGACAUCUCAAACUAUUCAGCAUGGCAUAAUAGAUCACAGUUGAUUGUGAAAUUGUUUUUGAAAAGUCCAAAAGUUGAAACGCAAGACGGUGACAAAUAUGCCAGUGAGUAUGUUGAAGUUUUCGCCGAAAAGGACAAAAUUGGUUUUUUGAAGAAAGAGUUGAGCUUGGUAAAAACAGCUAUAUAUACAGAUCCAGAAGAUUCUUCAGUCUGGUUUUACUUGAAAUGGUUGAUAAGCGAUUAUUUCAUAGAUGAGCUAACAAGUACGGAAGAGGUCUUGAAACUUCUAGAAAAAUUGAGUGGCGAUGUUGAAGAGUUGAAUGAGGUUGAAUUCGAUGAUAAUGGAGUUGAGAAUAAAUGGUGUUUGAUAACAGAAGUGUAUUUAAUGAAGCGACUUUUCAAUUUAAGGAAGAGUUCACAGGACUCAGAAAGGUUUCACGAAAUAUUAAAUAAGUUAAAGCUACUCGAUAUAAUGAGAACGGAGCGGUAUAAAGAGAUCAAAUUAACCUAAUUAGAGAAAUAAAAACUAUAAGUUCUAUUUGUUGUACAUGCUGACUUCAUCAGUAAACUUUUGCUUGUUGUAUAAGAACCGUAUUGACCCAUUCUUGGCUAUAUCCGUGUCCCUAGUAUGGAAAAAGAGGUCAUCGUCUGAGUUUGCUGUAUUGUCGGAUGAUAGAUGUGACGGGAUCUUACUGUUAAGGUCUAUUUUUAUGUUAAGUAAUAAGUCUACCAGUUUUUU